AUGAAGCGUCCUGAGUUGGACCCCAAUGCCCAAAAAACUCACUAUAUCAUUGACCCCACGAUACGGAAAAAGGCGAAUGUGGCGCAAGAUUCGACAAAGCCAAAGCUAGAUAACGCCAACAGAAGUCCUUUCUGCAAGCUUCUCCACGAAAAGCCCCAUCAUGUAUUACAUAGAUUUAGCCUCUACGAGAAAAUCUGGGGACACCAGCUAGGGGCGAUACAGAAAAUCUUGAAUUCUGCCAACAAUGAAUUGUUUGCUAAUCUAUUGCAAUUCAUUGAAGAUCCAAUCACACCUAAGCUAAAUGUGGCAUUCUUGGGCCUCAGCUCCAACACAGCCAACAAUCUUCGAGUUCUAGACGAUUUUUCCUUCUACAUGAGAAGCCGACCUGCUCAGUACCAAAACUUGAGAGUUGUCACUCUCAACUCCAAAACAUGUUUCAACGUGAAAAUUGCCCUUAGAGAAGUGGUGAAACAAGUGCUCGAGGGCCCAAGUAGACGAGGGACAGAAGAGGACAAUUCUGUGGAAGAACAAGAAGACGAAAAUGCGGAAAAUGAGGAGAACCUUCCAGUAAAGGAGGAUAAUGGCGACGAAGAUUUUGAGGAAGCAGAACAAGAAGAAGUCAUUGAAGGUGAUGGUGGUAGAAUUUCGUACGACUUUGAAAUAGUGGAGGAUUGGAUCAAAGAUUAUAGGAAACAAGAGAAAGACACCGAGAAGUUGCGAAUUGUGGUAAUUUUGGAGGACACGAAUGGCUUCAGUAAUGAGGUGUUGAACCAAUUAGUCCAGUUAUUUUGUGUUUAUGCAACAAGAGCGCCUUUAAAGCUCAUCAUGAGUUUGAGUUCAAAGAACAUCAGUGACUGGAUUACUGCAAACAUAACUAGCAAACUCAGAACAAUGAUAAAUGGGUGCAAGCUUGAAGCAAAAGAAAAUAAAGAUAUUGGUUUUCAAGUGAUCAACGAUAUUUUGCUACAAAAUGAAAUCACGCCUGAUAAUCCUCUUUUGUUGGAUGCCCGUCUUUCCCUGAUUGUCUUAAGCAGAUUCGAGAAUUCCAACAACUCGAUCGACAGCUUGAUCACAGAACUCAAACUCUCAUACAUGAUCCACUUCUAUCAACUGCCCCUCUCCUCCCUUGUCGAUAAUAAUUUCCCUGCUGAAACAUUUCAUUAUGCAGCAUUAAGAAAACUUCCGUCUUUCAAAACCUAUAUGGAAUCUAGGAUGCAUCAGUUGGCUCAAAUGGAACCUGGUUCCACUGAAGCGCAGAAGACAAAAGAUGAAUUAGUCGGCCUACUUACUGAUGAUGAGCAACUACAAAGGCUCCUAGAGAAAGCAAAAAGCAGGUUUCAGAACUACCAAAAUGCAGUUAUGAAUGCAGUUCAUAUAGUGCACCAUAUAGGAGGUGCCUCCAAAGAAAAAUUUCAAAUUUACAAAUUGAUAACGAACAAUCAACUUAUUAACUCUGUUUAUUUGAGUGAUAUGUUGAAGAAAUUAAAGCUUCUUGGCUCGAAGGAAUUUCUCAGCCUCGUCCAUUUCAUCAACAGUGACGCUAUCAAGGAAAAAAUUGGAAACUGUAUUGACCGAGAUAUCACCAAACUCAAAGAAGAGCUAAAAGAUGAUAAGAAUAAUCUGUGGGUCGAUGCAAUUACAGACUACCUUUACAAAAACGAGAAUGUCAACAUGAAAAUCCAUGAUAACCUAUUUAAUGAGGUAUUAACAAUCAAUGGUGGAAUUUCAGAGCUAGAGAAUUUAAGCUCUUCAACAUCGAUUGAGGAGAAUUAUGAGAACCUUAUGAUUAGUCUUAUUCGUCCGAAACUGAGAGAAAUUAUAGAAAAAGGGAUGGAUGAACCACAAAAAUACUUACGAAAUGCAUUGGUGUUGGAGCAUAUUGGUCAAGAAAAUAAAAGUAUGAGAAUGACAGGACCAGUGUUGAGCAAAAUCUACCAGGUUUAUAAAGACGCCCCAGUGAACAUCAAUCUCUGGGAUUUUUAUCUUGCCUUCAAGCUGUCGUUACAAAAAAAGGAUUUGUUGUCAGAAAUUGCGAAUGCUGUGAGGACAGCGGACACAGAAACGAGCAAGAAGAUGGAGACACUUCUCAACGAUAUCGAGACGGAUGAAAAACAAUGGGAUAAGCUCGCAUACGCUUGGUUUCUCCAGAGUUGUUUCGAGUUGGAAUCCAUGGGCUUCCUUCGCGAGAAGUCUAAGGGCGAUUACGUUGAGAAAUUGAUCUGGAAAAACUUGUAA